AUGAAAUGGGCUUAUAUAGGCGGCAUAGUCGUGUUUGAAGUUGGCUCGGCACUGUGUGGAGGUGCGCCGAACAUGGACGCUUUGAUUGUUGGCAGAGUCAUUGCGGGAAUGGGAGGCUCGGGUAUGUACCUUGGCGGUUUGACACACUUUUCGGUAUUGACAUCACCCCGGACGCGGGGAACCUACAUCACAGGAAUUGUCUUUGUUUGGGGUAUCGGCAGCGUUUUGGGUCCGGUGGUCGGUGGUGCCUUUAGUGACUCGUCGGCCACAUGGCGUUGGGCGUUUUACCUCAACUUGGUCAUCGGCGGAGCAACGGCUCCCAUCUACCUGUUUUAUCUACCCGCAGUCACGCCUCCAGGUGUUGCAGCGGCCGAGACCAAUGGCACUUUACCACCAGUUCGACUUCGCCUUACUCGACUCGACUAUGUUGGUUUUAUUCUGAGUGCUACUGCUUGGGUGACACUGACUCUUGCACUUCUCCUUACCGGCACCCAGUGGUCAUGGUCUGAUGGUCGAACCAUAGCGACGUUGACAAGUUUCGGCCAUCUCAUCGCCCCGACGGCCAAGGAUGCUCGCACGCAAAUCCUCUUAUACAUUUCAACAUCGGCAUCUAUCACGACCAUGUUCAUCCCGACCUAUUACAUUCCAGUUUAUUUCCAGUUUGUUCAGAACGACUCAGCUUUGAUUACUGCCGUUCGUCUCCUUCCUUUUGUCCUCGUUGCAAUCACCACCAAUCUCGCCAGCAGCUUUGUCCUCAGAGCUGUCAGGCACUACAUGCCCGUUUACCUUUUCUCCGGUGUCUUGAUCACCAUUUCAAGUGCUCUCCUGUACAGGUAUCUCACCCCCGAUACUUCGACAACCACUAUAUAUGGAUUAACUGUCCUUGGUGCUGUCGGUACAGGGCUCCUUGUGCAGGCCGGUUUUCAGGUUGGUACUCUUGUUGUCGAGGAUCCUGCAGACAUGGGGCAUGUCAUCAGCAUGCAAAAUGUUAGCCAAAUUGGCGGCCAGGUGCUGUGUCUUGUCAUUGCCGGUCAAAUUUUCCAGAGUGUCGCCAUAAACAACUUGCCCAACCCGAAGGCGGGAUGGGUCUCUCUCAAAGACUUUACCACUGUACCCUACAACGGCCAGCAUGUGGUGUACGCCACAACACACGACACAGGCUCUGGAUGGGGCUCGAUGGCAUUCAGACAAAACAAAAGCACCUACCUUAUGCUUGUGGAAGCCAUUGGUGCCCAUGGUCGAUACUUCCGGUCCUUCACCGCCUCCAGCCUGAACGGCACUUGGUCACCCCAGGCUACAAACGAGGCCCGGCCUUUCGCCGGCAAGGCCAACAGCGGCGCAACGUGGACAGACGACAUUAGCCACGGCGACCUGGUCAGGAACAGCUCAGAUCACACCAUGCCAGUAGACCCGUCGACUAUGGCCUACUCCCUUAUCGCCCUGGCCUUUUAA